CCCGCCCUCGCGCGCGCGCCGGGGAAAACGUUGCGCAGGUUCUAAAGCGGGGCGGGGGGAGGGGGCGCGGCCGCGCGCGAGGGGGCGUGUGAGGGGGAGCGGCGGGUAACGGCCGCCAGCGGGCAACGGCCGCUGCCGGGCCACCUCCCCACCGCUACCGCCACCGUCGCCACCGCGGGAGGCAGCCCCCCCCCCCCCCCUUCCCGUCCUCCGCUUUGCAACAGCCGGCUUCCCCGGUCACCGGGCCGCGCCGCUGUCCCGCCCGCUGCAUGGAGCUGUCGGCCAUCGGGGAGCAGGUGUUCGCGGUGGAGAGCAUCCGCAAGAAACGCGUGCGGAAGGGUAAAGUAGAAUACCUGGUGAAGUGGAAAGGAUGGCCCCCAAAAUACAGCACGUGGGAGCCAGAGGAUCAUAUCUUGGACCCUCGCCUGGUAGUGGCUUAUGAAGAAAAGGAAGAGAGAGACCGUGCAUCUGGGUACAGGAAAAGAGGCCCCAAACCAAAGCGCCUCCUACUGCAGCGGCUGUAUGGCAUGGACUUGAGGAGUGCCCACAAGGGAAAUGAGAAGCUGUGUUUCUCUCUUGCACGGAGAUUUGGAGGAGGAGACAGCAGCCUGCCAGGGGCCAAGCCAGGGCAGGCAGAGUUCUCAGAGAAGACUGGAGGAGCAGUCCUACCAUUCUCUCUCCGGAAGCAACGCAAAAACCAGAAGUACCUGCGACUGUCAAGGAAGAAGUUUCCCCGCAUGACGAGCCUGGAGAGCCGAAACUGCAGGCAUGAGUUCUUCCUGAAUGAUGCAGUGGGCCUAGAGGCCAGGCAGGGCCCUGAGGACUGGGAGGCCAUGCAGCACACCAGCAAAGAAGCAGAUGUGGAUGGCAGUCUCCCUUGGAUUCCCACCGUGCCCCCCAGCGAAGUGACAGUGACAGACAUCACGGCAAACUCCAUUACCGUCACUUUCAGAGAAGCACAAGUGGCUGAGGGCUUCUUCCGAGACCGGAGUGCGCAGUUCUGAAUCUGUUUUCAAUGCUCCCCAAAACCAGUGCUUUUAGGGUGGGGCUAGGGAAGGAUUAUUUUACCCCUUAAGAAAACACAAAAAAAUCCAAAAUGUCUCCUCUUAAAAUGUUUACAGAGACUUUUUUUUUUCCUUCUUUUUCCCCUUUCAGAUAUGCAAAAAAAGGGCAGCGUAGGGGGUGUGUGUUUGUCAUUGCUUUGUCCAUCUGAAAAACUGACAGCCCUUUCCCUGGCAAAGACUCCCCUCCUAGAUGCAAAAGCAGCAAGCUGAACAAUUUGCCUUUUAUCCUGUUAAGUGGCGGCAGCUGCAUUUGUGGGGAGAGGGCAUGUGGAGGUGGAAAGAGAGCUGGAUCUCUAGCCUGCCGCCUUGUUCUGCAAUUGAUAUCCCUUGGAUAAAGAUACUUCUCUGUGCAUUGCUCUUCCCACCUUCCUCCUCCCUCUCUUCCUGCAGCAGUGAGAGGCGAUGGAUCCUACCUGUGUAGAUAACUCCAGCCUGUUAAGACUUUAUCUCCAGUGCUGUUUUCCCUGUGGCCUGCUGUCAGGACUUCAGAACCGUAUUUGCCUGUCUGUGGUAAGUCAGUCUUUGCAGCACGGGUCCGUAUAGACAACGGAGGUUUCUCCCUUUGAUUGUUGAUCAUGCAGAAAGACUGAAAUGCAUCUCUGAAAUCUAGACUGGCGACGUAAAUUCAAUUUGGCCUCAUUAAGAGCUCAGAAACCCAGUGCAGUCGAGACAUACCAUUCUGUAUAUGCUAAAUGGGAUUUUCAGGCUCGUCUCUGCUGUGUGAGGAAUGCGUUAUGGAAAGUGGGGUGUUCUUAGCCUUUGCCAAAUUCAGUAUUAAUAACAAAUGCUGCCCUGAAUCUGUGGUAAUAAGUUUGUUGAAAACUGACUCCUCUGCCCUGGGAGGAGGGGGUAAUAGGACAACUGAAGCAUUGCCUGGCACUGCAAAGAUAUCCAAGAUACUGUUACAGGCCCAGGACACAGGAAUUGAACAGAACUGAGCUAGAAACGGAUCUUGAUUAUCAGCAAGUUCUGUUCUUGGAUCCCAUUGAAAAAUCCAAGGUAAACAACAUGUGGGGAAGGCAUGUAUUAGGUUUGAGGAGGGGAAAAAAUUUCUUAUUUCUUAGCAAUGAGAAUUCUUGGAUUGUACUGCCUGAGUAAUAUUCUUCUGUGACUCCAGUCUCCUCACAGUAUCUGUGAUCCUGUACUACUUUACUGAUGGGAACUUCCCCGUGGAAGGCUUAAAAAUCUUUGCCAAGGAAAGUGGUCUGCAUUUCAAUAGACCCUGCCUGAUCUUGCACUUAAAAAUGCCUCAUGCUGGACUGCCUGUGACACUUUUUUUUCGAAGAAUUGCUGUAUUUUGGGUUGGUAGUUUAGCAUAGGAUCUGUUCUUGCACAUGCAUGUUCUCUUCCAUUUUUUAUCAGCAAAUUUUAUUUAAAUGACUUAAAACUUUAAAUAUAGACCUUUUCCUGUGGAAAGCAAGAAAAGUAAGCUAGAGUCUAAGGUGGGAACUUCAGGACAGAGUGCUGCAGGGUAACAUGGGCUACCAUCAUGAUUACUGUCCUUAAAUCCUUUCUUUCCUCUCCCCACCCCACCUGAAGCAUCUCUUAUCUGCUGUAUUUAUUCUAAAUGAAGCUACGAGCCUUCUGAGGUAAAGAUACCUGUGGAAAUCCUCAAUGUGUUCCUUUGAAGGGCCUGGCUGCUGGCCUGCAGAAUUUGGGAGCUCUGAGGCUUCUGGUCCUCCAAACAUCUACUUUUUGCAAAAUGCUUGGACUGCCCCUACGGUUUUUAUUCAAAGCAGUUUUUACCUCAGAUAGGAUAUGGCAGCUCAGUGUAGACUUAGGAUUUCCCCUUCCAUCUCAGAGCUGUUUGAGCAGGCCUGUCUUCCGCUGUCACAGCAGUUUCAGGACCACUGGGAAGAUCUUGAAUUUCUGAACUAACCUUUUGUCUCCCAAAGAAGUGACAUGGGAGUUUUGUUAUGGAGAAAUCUGAGAAGGUGAGAAGUGGAAGCUGGGGUGGGGAUUAUGUGGUGGGAGGAAGAGUGAGUGGGAAAGAAGUCUGCAAUAGCUAGCAAGGGCAAAUUCAUGAGGUAAGCGUACAGGCUCAGGAUGUUUGUUGAACGUGGGUGUCCACAGCGAGGCUUUUGUACCUGGAGUUGCACCCUCUUUUGCAGGAUGUGGGGUCAGGCAGUGUUGUCAUUGUCACCCCCACACACACACAUGCUCUUCCCAAUACCUGCCAAAUGUGCUGAAUACCUGCAUCUCUCUUUCAUUGUGACCAGUGGACACACCACAUGGCUGAGCCCAGUCUUGAGGGUUUUAGCAGGUCAGGUAGUUAUGGCUGCAGAAGCAUAUUUUAGUUUAUUUUUUAAAAAAAGUCGAACUCCAGCUCAUCCUGCUAAAUCUUCAUGGCAUUUAUUGGAUCUAGCUUCUUUAUUCUAAUGCAGCUACUGCUGCCUUUGUCCUGUCUUCAUCUCAGUGUACAAAUACACACAAAAAGCUUCCUAUUUACUAAGGUUCUUGGCUUUGGCUGACAUCGGAAGCAAUACCAAUCCUGUGGCAGGAAAGAGCUUGUCCUAAUAAACUGGAUUUCCGUCCUCUGCUUUUCUGUCCACUCAUCAGCUGAGACUUCUCAAUGUUUUGUUUUAGCAUUUGUCUUUAAACAUCUUUUCUUCCUCUAUGCAGUGGAGUUUCCAAAGACCUGUGGUGGUCUUUCAGAGAGGAUCCACCCACAGCUUCGUAUCUUAAUCAUUUUUGGGAUCAGGCUAGCUUGUGUUCUGCUGGUGACUAAUCAUCUCACUUCUCAAAGUGUUUAACAAAGUACCUGGCUACCGUGCUGCUUUGUCUACAGGUCAAUGAGGAGUUAACCCUUAUCAGGUUAAGACAGUUGCAUAUGCGUGGGUUUGGUUUGUGUGUGUGUGAGGAGGAGUUUGUGGUAGGAAACUAAGCAGUUACUGUGUUGGGGUGGACUUUUUUUUGACAUUCAUGAAUCCUUGCUUAUCUUAAAGAUCUUUUUGAGAAAAUUUUUCUCUUGGUCUUUUUAAAAUGUGGCUCUGUUCCAUAUUGUCUGGUGACGUAUCAUAAACUUCCUUGGUAGAGCUGGCCUUCAGCGACUUUAAAAUUAGCUUUAUUCCACUUCUGCAGGUGUAGAGAUGUAUGGGGGUUUUACUUGUGAUGGCAAGAGAGGUUGUCUGGGUUUACUUGUCUCUUCUCCCCAGUACUGUCCAUCUGCCAGUUCAACCCAAAAUCUGAAAAUUGAAUUGGGACCUCUUGGGCUAACGUAUCAUGAAAAUCAGAUGCUGUGCUCGGAGCUUCAUUAAGCAUUCCGUUUGAUUAGAAGAGCCAGAAUAGUAUCCAGCUGAAGCUGAGUUUAAUAAUUCUAUUUGAAGCACAAGCCAAGAAUAGAAAUGGGCUAACUCUCCCAUACCUCCUUUGGCUCCAUGGCUGUAAACAAGAAAAACAAACUUCAGCCAGUGGAAAUUACUGAACUGUAUGCAAGAAACAAACUUCUCAAAGAACAACUGUUCUAACAGUCAUUCUUAGAAAUGUUCCCAUGUGAGAAUUUACCAGCCAUCUUUGGGGGACGGAAGUUUUUAUUUCGUAGAUCUUCUCACAGUGAACUCACUGUAUGUGAUAUGACAGAACUUAGGGGUUUUGUGAGAUUGGAAAACCUUUAUUGUUAACACUGUUUAAAAAAAAAAAAGAAAAAAAAAAGGAAAAAAAAGAGAGACUGCCUCUGUUCCUGGAUGGUUGUAAACUAGAUGCUGUUGCUCUGAUAUGUAAGUGAUGCCUUGGAACAGUAAGUUUUAACACAUAAAUAGUGGCAUUAAGAAGCCUCGUAGCUCCUGCAUGCUCCUUAUUGUCUUGCAUUUGCUUGGGGCCCCUUCUGCUUGUGAAGUCAGAUCGAGGUAGUUGGGUUUUUUUCUUUUGCAAGCAAGACCAGGAUAUUAUUGAGAGAACACCCAAAAAGCAGUUCCACUUGCCAAAAUAAGCCCAAAUUUGUUAGUGAAUUGACCCUUGCUUAUAUUGGAGCCUCAGACAGAAAGAAGCUUAUUGAGAAAUGAAUGGCUUUUUUUGUUGUUAGUGUUGUGAAACUGUCCAGAAUUAUUGUUCUGGUGUUUUGUGACUGAAUGUAUAAAAUUGUUUGUUCACCUCACAGGGGGCCCUUGGCACCAGUACUGUUUCCUGCUGUACGCCAGCUAGUGCUGUUCGAUGGUUUCACUGGAAUAGAAAAGGGAGGCCUCGCACAGGUCAAAAAAUAGGGUAGCUCAUGCAAGACCCUCGGUGGUAGCCACAACAGAGGCUGGGGUGCGGAAGACAGCAGCAAGGCUGUCAGCCACAUCCAUGUAUUUGAGCAAAGCUAAAUCUACCACCUCUCCACCCCUUCCUCUCCUCUCAAGCUUUAAGUUUUUGCUUUCUGAAGUAGGGAGAGUGCAAGAACCUCCUUUUUUUUUAAGGCUAAUUGGCAUCUACCAGUCUUCUGUUCCUCCCUUGCUUACCUGCUGCCUAGGAAGAAGAGGGCAGUGGGCCUUUCUAGGAAAAUAGUAGGAGCAGCUGCUUGUCAGGGAAGGAGUUGCCUCAGGGUUGCUUUUGCUAGGGUGUUGAGGGCAGCCUUUGGGUGAGCUGGCAGUUGAAAGAGAAGGCACAAGUGCAAAGGACUUGUGGUGAAACUCAUCCUUUGCAUCAGCGGGUGGAUGCCCCUCCAAGUUCUGAGUGGGCCCUGUGGAGUGGAGAUGGUCAGUGCUGUGUUUGCGUAUCUGUUUUUUACCAUUUGGGAAAGCAAGGGAGAUGUGUAUGUUAACAGCUUACGUUCUACAUGGGAAUGUAAAGGUACAGGUAAAGGGAAUAUGUCGCUUUUGCCGUGCUUGUCUUCAGAAGAGUUGUCCUCAAGGACAUGGUAAAUUUGUUUUGAGACAAUAGCUUAUGAUCAAGAGACCAUGUUGUCUUCUGCCUGCUGACCUUACUGUCCUUGCAGAGAAAGCGUGAAACUUCUGGGUGUCGAACCACCUGGAUCCCCCCCACAAGCAGCUGGUUAAGAUGGGAAGGCCUACAAAACUGCCCCAGGACAAUUGGAAGGAGAGAGAAGCAAUCACUUAAAAUUGAAUUCAGACCCUUUGAAUCCUUUGCUGUAACAAGCACUUCCUGGGGCGAUGACCCCUUUUUCUCUUCCAGCUCUCUUUCCCUUCCACUCUGAAUUUCUUAAAGUACCAUGGCUCAGCAGGGAGUGGGUGGGGGAUGAUCCCCAGUUAACUGGGAGUUGUAGAGAGGGGGAGAGCUCAAUGGGAGCACGUAAUGGCUGAUGGGGGGAGAUGGAUUGCUACCAAGUUGGGAUGGGUAGAAGCUUCGCUGCUGAGGUGGUUUCCAUCUGCUGUGGGCUGCUCUGCAAAGAUGUAAGGGGUUCUUGUCUGAAAUGCAAUGUGAGUGACAUGUGGGAGUGCCAGUUGGACAUUGAAGGGGAGAGCUCAUAAGACUGUUCUGAACCUCUAUCGCAGUUUGUCUCCUUACUGGGGUAGCAGAGUUUUGACUGGGAGGGGGACUUUGGAGGAGGUGGAAAGCCCUCAUUAUUAUUAUUAUUAUUAUUAUUAAAGCAGAAAAUGUAGUGUCAGCACAAAGAAGCUUUUUUGCAAAUCUAUCAAAAUGUUAAGCAGCUUUUUUUUCUUUUUUUUUCCUUUUAAAUCUGAAGUACGUUUUGAAGCACUUUGGAAAUGCAAAGCACUAGGAGUGCUAAGUACUCCUUAUCGUCUGUCUAAAAGUGGCAUUUGAAAAGCAAGAAGAUGUAUCUGUUUGGGGCCACUGGCUGCUCCUUAUCAUUUUUCCAGAGCUGCCACCCAGCCCUUUGCCUCCCUCCCAUGGCUGGAGGGGGAGUGUGCUCCACUGUGCCAAGUAAAGGAGGGCUCCCCAAGGGAGCAGAGGAGACGUGCAGAGUCCCUCGCUUGCCUUCAGGGUGCAGGUUGGCCUCCUCCCUCCCCACCUCCUUUGUCUGAGGAAAGGGAAAAAUGAAGUUGAGUUUCAGUUUGAGUGGUCCUAGUCUGGAAUUAGGACCGCUUCUUCCAGCUCUGGAGACAUCUUUAGAGAGUUUCCUGUCUGAAAAAUUGCACCUUAUUAGCUUAGUUGAAGAACAGGGAGAUAUCUGUCCUUCUGCAGGGAGUGGGGAGAGGAAGGGAGGGUGAACCAGGAGCUGUCUUCAGUAGCUGCUGGAUUUUUCCAGAGGCUGUUUCCUCGCCUCAUCUCCAACAGAAUGGCAACAAAAGAACUAAAAUCGUUUAGAUGAAGCUUUUGUUCUGUGUAUCUCAAGAACCUUUUGAGCAGGCUAAGAUGAGAGAAUCUUUUUUUCCUCACCGAGCCAGCUCUACAGCUUGGGGGAACCCCAGUUCUCUCGCUGGAUUUUCAGCACCAACCUUUUCCCUCAGCACACGCACAUCGUUUGGACUCUUUUGCACACUGACUCAUCUAAUUUGGUAUGCUUCCUUUCUGUUGGGGGGAGGAGAUGGAUGGGGUCGGUUAGAAGGGAGGGUCCCCGAUUAUUUUUUGUUCUUGUCUCUUCAGUUGUUGCUGUUGUUCCUGUCAGCACGCUAGAGUAUCUGAGUCUUUGCACACAGAAAGCUUCCUUUUGCACAGAAUGAGCUUCUAGCUUUUGUACAGACUAAUUGAAUGUAUUUGGGGAGGGGGGGAAAUAGGGAGUAAACCAAUUCCAAACAAACCAAUCAGAGUAUAAUGCCUUUUCUGAGCGAGUAUGUGCUGUAAAAGGAGAUUGUAAUAGCAAAGGGAGGGCAGGCUCAAGUAUAAUUUGACACAAAGUGUGGUUUUAUUUUUGUACUGAUAUGGAUAAGAGACUGUACAGCAUCUAUUUAUUUAGAUGAUUUAUGUGGUAAAUGUUGCAAACAAAAUUAUUAAAAUAUUAAAUAUGAGAACUGACAUUUA